AUGUUUAAACCACAACUGAUGGUGAAGGUUAGAGAAAUAAAAAUAAAAUAUAUAUCUUAUGUCGUUGACAAUAUGGCUAAAAAUCCCGGCCAUACUGUACUCAGAUUUACACCCUAUCAUUGUGAGUUAAACCCAAUUGAAUUGGCAUGGGCAAUGGUGAAGACCUAUGUCAAGCAGAACAAUACUACAUUUAAACUUGAUGAUGUUAAGAAGUUACAGAAUACUGCAAUUGAUCGUGUAACCAGUGAAAAUUGGCAACAUUUUAUUGAACACGUCAAAACGGAGGAGAAUAAAAUGACUGAAGUUGACCGCAAUAUGGACGAAAUUAUUGAUAAUUUGGAACCAUUCGUCCUCACCAUAACAGGCGAGACUUCAGAUUCUUCUGAUUUUUAA